UUCAAUUAGGUAAUUAAUGCUGUCAAAACCAGCGUCAAAACAAGCGUACGCUCACUUUAGAAUUCAUUAACGAAACGUUCAGUAGCGUUUUGACACACAUCGCUGUAUCAAUGCGUUAUAUGGUCAUGGAGAAAUAUGUAAUGCUCGUGUUGCUGGUUUCGGCGGAAGCAAACGCAGUAUUUAAUCGCCUAAAUUUUGAGCAAGUUGAGCUGGCUCCAAACGCUACCUGUUUCCCAGCUAUCCUUGUGACGCCAACCGGAAGUGCCGUUCGGUGCGCUAUUGCGUGCUCCCGACAUGAGGACUGCGUGGGGUUCCUGACAGACGCCGCAGAAAAGUGCUUCGUUUUUCCUAGAAACGCAGCUGGCAUCACCGAAGUUUGCAACUUUUCCGGCGCACGCUACUUCAGACUAGAUGUCGCCACAACACCGACACCGCAGAUGACAACGCCUGUAGAUGUCGCCACAACACUGACACCGCAGAUGACAACGUCUUUAGCGAUUGUAAAUUGUCAGAAUUUCUUAAGAUACAAUCCAACGUCUGGAUCUUGCUCCAGCGAGUGUCCGUCCUUCGGCAACACCUUCAGAAAAAUGAAAGACACCUCUACGGCGGGAGAAUCAAUACAUAAUUGGAUUAACAAGACGGUCGAGGAAUGCCAGGCAAUGUGCACCGCUGAUGUUACGUGUGCGCACGUCCUUCACGUGCCAACAAGCAUGGUUUGUUAUACGUAUAGAGUCCCGGAGCUAUAUGAGCCUUGGCCAGGGAUUGACUGCUAUAUAAGAAACUGUGCGUAGCAAGUACAUGUUGAAAAAGCAAAAGGUUGCAUUCGAAUUUCAUUGGCAGGUCCGUACCUAUAUGUAGUCGUGAAGACGCGGAUAAGACCUGUAAAUAAACCUGGAAUACACACAUCGAAUUUCAUUGGACGGGGGGGGGGGGGUAUUCAAUUUCUACAGGUUAACGUUUCACACGCAUUCAAUGGCGUUUGUAUGGCGAGUAUAUUGUUUUGUAAUCACCAUUAAACAGAAGAAAUGAUA